GUCAACCGGAGGAAUGUGGCAAGAGUGACAUUCGCGGAAGCCGAGUUUGAUCGUGGCAUAGUAAACAGUGGUAAGGAGAUACGUUUCAGUUGCUCGCGCGGAAAGGAAAAUGUCGUCUGUAAAACUCGUCGAGCUCCGACAGGACCGGCGUCUUAUCGACCCCAACUUCGAUGGUUACAAACUCUCUUUGGACACAAUUCCAACUAUAAAACACGAACUAACCACGCCGCCCCUGCGAGCUAAGCCUUCUGAGGAACAAUAUUCCUUUCUCCACGUUGAACUGUUCUCAUUGCACAACCACCUCGUUCAGGAUCCAUGGGACAGGCUCUCGGUCUACUUCAUAAACGCUCAAGGAUCUAUCCAGAAGUGCACUUAUUGCUUGGAGACGGGCCGGCCGAAACCACCGACUGUCGUCUAUAAACUUCCUUCGACUGCAAACCGGCAGCCGGGGGACUACAAUAUUUCCUUUAAAUUCAUGUCGGAGCAGCUCUGCUUGCUUUGCGAUGGCUGCAAUCAGAUUUAUCUGCUUGAAACUGGCGACCGACGUAAAUCGGCCGAGUGGAAGGUGGCUUUCAAGUCGGAUAUAUCUCAAGACCAUAGAAACUUUGUCAUCCGUGAUGCCAAGGUUCACAACGAGGGCGAGAUUAGAAAGAUAAACUUUGUUCUGCACAGAAUAGGACAUCGCGAGGGAGAAGGAAAUUUCACCGAGCUCCUGUGGUACACAAUAACCGAAUCACAGACGAAAGUAAGGACGCUGGAGUACAAGGAAACAUUCUGUGGCAAAGGCUCAAUCAAUUACUGCGCCUUGGAGCCAAGGUCGACUGGAAUCAUCUUGUGUAGCAAUAAAUCAUUCAAGGCAGUCUCAGUAGCACAGGAGGCAGAAAAGGAGGAAGGUUCCGCUACAAAUGGGGAAGAAACUCCUUCCGCUGAUUCUUCAAACCAAAAUUUCGCAUGGUCCCAAACUGACGAGGAUAUCACAAUAAAAUUCGCGUGUCGUCCCGAUGUUACAAAAAAUGACUACAAAAUAACCUGCACGAAGGAUAAACUCCAAGUCAAGUGUCGGGAAAAUGUUCUACUGGACAACUCGCUUUUCAGUAAAGUCGACACCGAUCUAACGACCUGGACUUUGGAAAAUGACUUCCUUCAAUUGACUCUCGUUAAAGACGUCAGCACGCUGCAUUGGCCAUUCCUAGUCUCUGGUGGCCCGCCAGAAAGCACUGACGCGGAAAAAGAUUGCUCUCCGCCUGUUGGCCCACCAGUCUCUAACUUGGAAGCACAAAUGGAGGAGUGUGACGAGCCGACGCAAUCAACCGAGGAGGAAUUUUAUAUCGAUCGAAUCGACCACAACACUCUAAAGCCCACACAUCGGAUUCUCCUCGGCUCUCGCCCACCCCUGUUCUCAACAUGCCUUCGUCCAGGAUUUCCACCAGCGAUAGCCACUCGUCAGGAUGUCGACGCCUGUCUCUGGCUCUUACACAUUAGCCCAACCAAUCCGGAGAACUGGACCUUCCGGCACGAGGGGACGUUCAAUGCACUCGGCUACGUUGAGGCAUCCAAACAACAGAAGAAGUUUAUCGAUUGCUCGCCGGAUCUUAAUUAUGCCGUGAUCUGCGAGAGUUUUCGACACAUUUUUAUCUACAAGUCGAAAUAUGACACUGCGAAUAUGCUACGAAACCGCAAUGGACCGCAAGUUAGCAUCGGGAAGCAGCAACUAGUGACGCUGGAGGAUGCCGGUGAAGUUUUAGGGAUGGCACUUGAAGAUUCAAUUGCAUUUAUACUAACUGAAAAGUUUGUUUUAUAUUUGCAAAUAAACGUAGAUUGAAG